AUGGGCAACUGUAUAUCUUUGCGACGGCGGCGAUCACCACAGGCCGAACAGCCCCCCCAAACCCCGGGACAUCUGGAUAGGCUCCCCCCGGAGGUCUUCAACAACAUCGCCAGGUAUCUUGAUCGGACAGACUACCAUAGUCUGUACUGCUGCUCGGAAAAGAUGGCCGAAUUGGUGAAACCGUGGAUCCGUGCUUCUCUGUCUGCCAGGCAGCACAUCGGGCAGACCUCCAGUGAGAACGAAUAUAUGCAUAUGCUGGCGACCAAUCCGGACACCGCGUACUUGCCCACGUCUUUGCAUGUAAUGGUGCCCUAUGUCGGGGACAAUGCUGCGCACAGGGUGAGUGAAGGCCGCCUCUCUUAUGACCCGGAGGCUCUCCACCGAACUCCCCAGAUGGGGGCAUUGCGGCAGGACUUGAAAGAUCUAGUCAACUGCAAAGAACUUCGUUUCACAUUUGUCAGAGCAGACCAGCGAGCAGACCCGAAAUUGAACAACAAGGCCCUCUAUAUCGAAGAUGCGUUAUAUGCAGUUCUUGCGGAUUCCACCGCGCAGGUGGAGAAACUCACACUGGACAGCAGAGUGGUCAAAUCGUGGGAGUGUGGGAAGUCGUCCAUGCACAAAAGUCUCGAUAAGGCAUGGACUCAUCUGAAGUCGCUUAAGGUCACAGAAGCACUUUCUUCUGAUUUCUCCAAAGGCACCGCUCUUUCACAUAUCCUGCAGCACGCCCCGGAACUUCGAAGCCUCUCUCUGAACAGCCUAGCCGAUGACCCGAAACAACGUUCAAAGAUCUUCAAUUUAGCUAGCUCAGCUAGCAUCAAAACUAAUAAGCUCGAAAGACUCGUACUUGCCUACCUCACAGUGGAGUUGGAGGAUCUGCUGAUGUGGCUGACACGUUUUGGCAGCACGUUGAGAACGCUGGAGCUUCGCUCAGUUCGCCUGGCACACGGAAGCUGGGUGGAUGCCAUCCAGAACAUCCAAGACAAGUGCACCGACUUGCAGAAAGUCAUCGUGCAGCAUCCACAGGGUAGUGAUCGGAGUCGGGAGCCCUUAAUAGACGCGAGAUGCUCCGGACCAGAGAUCCGCUCCGGGCUGGAACGGCUUAAGCGCAGGGCAGUCAAAGCUGGUAUCUAA